UUUAACCCACUCCCCACCCCAACCACUCUCUCUCUUCUCCGCUCGAUCGAUCGACCGAUUCGAGGCCGCCCGCCAACCCUAGCUUGCCGUACUGCUGCUACCCGGAGAGGAGGGAGAGAGGAUGCCGCGCCAGGAGGUGUCGCUGCCCGACGCCUUCAACCUCGUCCUCGGCAAAGAUUGGGACAACUGGCCUCCCGAGGCGGGCCUCCUCGUCGCCGCCUACUACGGCGACAUCCGCCGCCUCAAGGAGAUUGCAAAGAUCAUUGACACUGAGGGGAAAGGGCUUCACGACACCUUGGCCAACACCCACUUCCUCGGCACAUACGCCCUCCAUGCUGCUUGUGACAGUGGCUGCAUGCCUGUCCUCCAGUAUCUGGUCAAGGAUCUCAAAAUUGACAUCAACAAGGCUGAUACCAUGCGAGGCUUCACACCUGUGAUGCAUGCCGUGCUAUAUGGGAACCUGCCAGCCUUGCGGUUUCUUGUUGAUCACGGAGCUGAUGUUCAUGGUCAGCAUAAAGGAUUGAGUCUUUUUCAUUCAGCUGCAGAGGGCGGGCGGUCUGAAAUAGCCAAGUUCCUGCUUUCUAAAGGAGUCCGUAUUGAUGCGGAAUCAAGCCUCUUGACCCCACUGCUCAUUGCUACUUAUAGAGGAUAUCCUAGUAUUGUGGAGAUUUUAUUGGAGCGCGGUGCAGAUCCUAACGAGCGUAUGAAUGAUGAAGUUUCACCAUUAAUCAUUGCAUUAAAACAUUCUUCUAUGCCUUGUUUGAAACUUUUGGUUCAGGCUGGAGCUGAUGUGAAUGGUUUUGGAUCUUAUAGUCCUUUGGCAAAAGCUGCAGAGAAAGGUUUGACUGAAGCUAUCAAGUGCUUGUUGGAUGCUGGUGCAAAUCCAAAUGUUCCUGACACAUUUGGCAGGCUGCCAAUAGAAUUGGCUGCUGAGUAUGGUACAUGGGAAGAUGUUGAACUUCUAUUUCCUGUCACUUCCAAAAUUCCAACAGUGGCAGAUUGGAGUGUUAACGGAGUAAUUAGUCAUGUAUACAUGGAAGUCAUGCAACUAGAGGAUGAUGAAUUUGUCAAAAAGAAAAAGUCCGAGCUGAAAAGACAAGGAGCUGAUGCAUUUAGUAAGGAGGAUUAUCUAAACGCAUCAGUAUUCUACACACAGGCCUUGAAGGUCGAUCAGUUCGACGCUACAUUGUUCUCAAACAGGAGCCUUUGCUGGCUUCGCCUGGGCGAUGGAAAGAAGGCUUUGCUUGAUGCUAUGAAAUGCAAAAAUCUGCGCCCGAAGUGGGGGAAGGCCUACUACCGGGAAGGAGCUGCCCUGAUGUUUCUGAAGGAUUAUGACAGUGCUUAUGAUGCAUUCAAUCGUGGCUUGGGGUUCGACCCUGAAAGUGAAGAGAUGGAGAAAUUGCUUUGGGAGGCGAUGGACCUCAAGACCACCUGAAGUUGUUGAUGCCUUCAAGAAACUGACGCAGAACUGGAAGCUCUUCAAUUUUGUUGUCGUAGAAUUGACACAAACACUCGGAUGGUUGCCUACUUUUACAUCGACCUAGGUUGAUAGACCUGAAACGAUGCUACUUAUUUUCUGUAGUGUAUAAUUCACGGAGGGUAGCCGCAGUUUAGACAACCCUAUGCUGCUAACUAUCUUGGUAUGAUUGGGGUAGCCGCAGCUACAACUUUCUCACGCCCUGCUUGUGUACGGAGGCAUGCCAGUGCAGGUGUAGUGUAGUGCUUGAUGAAGCUGUUAACUGAAGUGAUGAAUUCAUAGAGAUGCUUGGCUUAGUAGUGUUGUUUGAUCGGAGCAAAUUUCAAGUAGGAAGUGUUCCGAGGCGUAGCAUUGUUCAACUUUUCUAGUGUAAAGGAACUGCGCAAGAUGUGGCCUUUUCCUUCUACUGUACUGCUCUAGUGAUAGAACUGACGUGCUGCUUGCAAAAAAGCUGACCCGAAACCGGAAGCUCGUCAGUUUUGUUACUCCUAUAAAAAAUAUGGCCAAAUGCUUUGCAUCUUG